AGAGAUGAUCACAAACGACACACAGAAAUCAGGAAGCAAGCGCGCACAUGGUCUCUAUGAUAAUCCCUCACCAGCACGGGUAAAGAUCUCAUCAAGUCUCCGGGUCCUCCUCCUCUCUGCUCGGAUAGAGCGCUCACCUGUGCCCGGAUAGAGUGCAUGCAAGCUCCGCAGAUCAUGCGGGGAUCACCGGUGUCGCUCCUCCUGCUGCGGCUACUGCUGACAGGGGUUUGCAUUGACGCAUACAAGCCUGUCAUCAUCGUGCAUGGUAUCUUUGAUGGACCAAAGCAGUUCAAGACGCUGUCUAUGUACAUAGACAAGGUGCAUCCAGGCACCCAGGUGGCUUUAAUUGACUUGUAUGACAACCUGGCCAGUCUGAAGCCACUGUGGAAGCAAGUCCAAGGCUUCAGGAAAGCGAUCUACCCCAUUACGCAAAAGGCUCCUGAUGGCGUCCAUCUUCUGUGCUUUUCACAAGGUGGUUUGAUUUGCCGAGCACUUCUCUCCACAACUCCAGACCUCAACGUGGACACCUUCAUCUCGCUGUCAUCACCACUGGCCGGACAAUAUGGAGACACAGACUACCUGAAGCGGGUGUUUCCUGAAAACAUGAAGAAGAAAGUGUAUCAUAUUUGCUACAACAAACUGGGACAGAAAAUUUCUAUUUGUGACUACUGGAACGACCCUCACCAACAGACCCGAUACCUGCAGAGCAACAACUUUCUGCCGGUGCUUAAUGGCGUCAAACCGCACACCAACAUCAAAGCAUGGAGGCAAAACUUCCUGCGCAUCAAGAAGCUCGUGCUGAUUGGAGGACCGGAUGACGACGUCAUCACACCAUGGCAGUCCAGCCACUUUGGAUUCUAUGACAGCAACGAAAACAUUGUAGAAAUGAAGAACCAGGAGUUUUACAGGAACGACACAUUUGGCCUGAAGACGCUGGACGCUCGUGGGGACGUGUCGGCGUGCGUUCAGCCUGGAGUGAAGCACGUUAUGUGGCACUCCAACUUCACAGUGUUCACAAACUGCAUCGAGAAGUGGCUCACGUAAAAAAAAAAAUUAUAAUAUAUUUUCAUUUUGUACCUAAAUUAUUUCACUAAGCAACAGAUAAAUGACUGAAUGUGAAUGUAAAAUGUGAUUUUCAAUGAUUGUGUUCUGACUUUAUACUUGAAAACAGCUUUCAAUGUAGCAAAUAUGUUUGUUGUAUGUUUUUACUUUCUUCUGAUAAAAAACACUGUCAUACACAACCAA